AUGAGUUCACACGACGCCCUUGUUGCUCCAACAACAGAAGUCCCCCCUUUACCGCCAUAUCCUUUGCAUGAAUCCGUCGCUGACAAACUUCACCCACAAUAUGUCGCAUUUUAUAACCAGCACCUGGUCAAUGCCCCGCAGGUCCAUUACCAACCUGUUGCUGCCUCUCGAGUUGGAGGCAGGAUCAUUCCGGGUGGAAGCGAAAACUUACCUGUUGGAAAGACUCAAGACAUUUUUGUCAAGCGUCUUGAGACUGAAGGGCCAGAUGUCAGUAUUCGAUGCUUCACUCCCGAAGGCGAUCCUCCGGCGGGCGGCUGGCCAGUGAUGGUGUAUUAUCAUGGAGGAGGAUGGGUUUUGGGCACAAUUGAUACCGAAAAUUCAGUGUGUACCAACAUGUGUGUCAGGGCCAAAUGUGUUGUUAUAACCACCGAUUAUAGGCUAGCCCCUGAAAACCCAUACCCGGCUGCAGUCCAUGAUUCAUGGGAAGCACUGCUCUGGACGGUAACGCAGGGGGUGCAGGUCCUAAGUCUCAACCCAUCCAAGCUCGCCAUCGGAGGUUCGAGUGCUGGGGGAAAUCUCGCCGCAGUCAUGACACAGAAGGCGCUGCUCCUCCGUCAACAACGACCAUCUUAUCUCCCUCGAGAUAUUGAAUUCGUCAAGCAGCUACUCAUCGUGCCGGUCACAGACAAUACUGCCACCGUAGAUAACAAUCCUACGUAUAAGUCAUCCGAGCACGUUCCCGCCCUACCCGCCCUGAAGAUGCUGUGGUUUCGAAAUCAUUACUUACCCAAUCGGAAGACUUGGGCCGAGCCUGAAGCUUCGCCGCUACGGUUUACAGCCGAGAGAUUCGCAGAGCUGCCAGCGGCUCUUGUGCUUGUUGGGCAGCUUGACGUGUUGAGGCAUGAAGGCGAGGAAUACGCGAAAAAACUGCGAGAUGCUGGUGUCAAGGCUAAGGUGGAGGUGAUGCAAGGAAUGCCUCAUCCAUUCCUGGCGAUGGAUGCCGUUUUGGACGAGGGCAGGCGCGCAAUUACCCUUUUGUGCGAUGCGCUGGUCGAAGCGUUUGCUUAG